AUAGAAAGAAAUACAUAAAAAAUAUAAUUUUAAAACAUAUCUGUAUAAAAAGUGCAUUUAUAUUUUACCAGUUCAAAAAUAUCAUCACUCUUCAAUAGUUGAGAAGAAAUCGUAGCAAAGGGUAUAAAAGUCUAUAUGCCAGUGCGAGUUGAAUCAGUGCUAAGAUGUCAAAAAUUCUGCUCGGUUUUGGUGCCCUAGUGGUGGUCUACAUAGCGUGGUCGGCGUUCUCCAGUGAAUCUCCUAAACGCCUAGAAAUUGAUCAAAAUGAAUGGUGGGGGCCGAACGAACUUAAAGGGAAACAGGAUACCAGUAUCAGACCUUUCAAAGUACAGUUCAUCGAAGAGAUGAUAAAAGAUCUUAGAAAUCGACUGAAAAAUCAUCGGCCGUUCACCCCGCCUUUGGAAGGUAUAGCCUUUCAAUAUGGUUUCAACACUAAAGCGAUAGAACCCUGGUUAAAAUUCUGGGCUGAGGAGUAUCCUUUCAAAGAAAGGGAGGCAUUUUUCAAUAAAUUCCCGCAUUACAAGACUAAUAUCCAAGGUCUGGAUAUCCACUUCAUGAGGAUCAAACCACAGGUCCCAGCUGGAGUAGAUGUAGUACCUUUGAUUAUAUUGCAUGGCUGGCCAGGCUCUGUAAGAGAGUUCUACGAAGCUAUACCUUUAUUGACACAACAACAGCCUGGAUAUAACUUCGCGUUUGAAGUAAUUGCACCUAGUUUACCUGGAUUCGGAUUUUCUGAUGCACCGGUCCGACCAGGGUUAUCAACAACGCAAAUGGCAGUGAUUUUCAAGAAUCUAAUGACGAGACUUGGCUUCAAGAAGUUUUACAUUCAGGGCGGAGAUUGGGGCUCCACUACUGGCUCAGCGAUGGCCACCUUAUACCCUGAAGAUGUAUUAGGUUACCAUACGAAUAUGGCUAUUACUCAGGGUAAACAAGGUGGGUUUAAAACAAUGCUUGGCGCUUUCUUCCCAUCUCUUGUGGUGGAGAGUCAUUUGGCAGACCGAAUGUAUCCUCUCUCUGACUUCUUUGCGUACUUGAUGGAAGAAUUCGGAUACUUCCAUAUUCAGGCCACCAAACCAGAUACAGUUGGUGUUGCCCUAACCGAUUCUCCGUCUGGUCUUCUCGCGUAUAUCCUAGAGAAAUAUUCAACAAACACAAACCGUAAUCACCGCAAGUUACCUGACGGAGGCCUUGAGAGACGGUUCACCAAGACACAGCUGAUCGACAACCUGAUGGUCUACUGGUCUACUAAUAGAAUUACAACUUCAAUAAGACUGUACGCUGAAGAUUUGAGCACUAAGAACAGACAGUUGGAGAUUGAUGAUUACACGACUCCAGUACCAACAUGGGCGUUCCAAGCGAAAUACGAAGGUGUGUACCAACCUCCCAGCAUCCUGAAGACGAAGUACAUCAACCUUCUGGGCACCACAGUUUUAGAAGAUGGCGGUCAUUUCCUCGCUUUUGAACUGCCUGAAAUCUUCGUGAAAGAUGUCUUCAAAGCUGUUGAUGAAUUUAAAAAUUGGCACAAAAAUGAAUCAAAGAAUUCAGAGCUGUAAAGUGUUUUAAAUAAAUAAAGUUAUGAUUUAUAUA